AUGAAGCCUCAGACCAGAAACACGGUGGCGCGAAUGGAUCCAGACACAUUCUUCUACAACUUUUAUAAUAGACCCAUCCUUUCUCAUCGGAACACCGUCUGGCUGUGCUACGAAGUGAAAAUGAAAACAAAUGACUGCUCGAGGCCCCCUUUGGUUGCAAAGAUCUUGCAAGGCCAGGUCUAUUCAAAGCCUCAACACCACCCAGAGAUGAGAUUCCUCCAUUGGUUCCGAAAGUGGAAGCUGCAUAGUGACCAGGAAUACGAGGUCACCUGGUUUGUGUCCUGGAGCCCCUGCCCAGUGUGUGCAAGGAAUGUGGCCGAGUUCCUGACUGAGGAUGGGAAGGUCACUCUGACCAUCUUUGUGGCCCGCCUUUACUACUUCUGGAUCCCACAUUACCGGGAGGAGCUUCGCAGACUGUGUCAGAGAAGAGACAGUCCACAUGCCACCAUGAAGAUCAUGAGUUAUGGCGAAUUUCAACACUGUUGGGACAAGUUCGUGGACAACCAAAGAUUGUAUAAGCCUUGGAAUAAGCUGCCUAAACAUUAUACAUUACUGCACAUCACGCUGGGGGAGGUUCUCGGACACCUGAUGGAUCCAGACACAUUCACUUACAACUUUACCAAUGACCCUUCGGUCCUUGGACGGCACCAGACCUACCUGUGUUACGAGGUGGAGCACCUGCACAGUGGCACCUGGGUCCCGCUGCACCAGCACAGGGGCUUCAUACUCAACGAGGCUUCAAAUAAUCCGGGUUUCCCUGAAGGCCGCCAUGCAGAGCUGUGCCUCCUGGAUCUGAUUUUGUUUUGGAAGCUGGACCCGGCCCAGCGCUACAGGGUCACCUGCUUCAUCUCCUGGAGCCCCUGCUUCUGCUGUGCCGAGAAGGUGGCUGAAUUCCUUCAAGAGAACCCACACGUGAACCUGCGCAUCUUCGCUGCCCGCAUCUAUGGUUAUCAACGAGGAUAUAAAAAGGGCCUGCGCAGGCUGAACAGAGCUGGGGCCCCAAUUUCCAUGAUGAAAUACAGUGAGUUUAGUCACUGCUGGGACACCUUUGUGGAUCACCACAGAUGCCGCUUCGAGCCCUGGGAGGGCCUAAAUGAGCACAGCCAAGCCCUGAGUGGGAGGCUGCAGGCCAUUCUCCAG